UUAAAAUUAUUGUAAAGUUGUAAAUAGCUGUAUGUGUUUGUAUCCGGAGGCGGAACCUAAAGGGUGGAAACUGUUUCUAGGGUAACUCUCCGUCUGGGACAUUCGGCGGAAGUAAACAGCAAGGUGCUAGCAGCGUUAGCUUCCAGGCUUCCGUCUGUCUACCGGCGGUUGGAAAACGGUUUUUGCUGUGUGAGCUGAAUAUUUCAGUGUCUGCAGUAACAAUAUCUUCGGUUCAGCAUCAGAGAGAAUCCAUCAUAUAUCAACUAACUGCUGCUGGUGGAGAAAUAUUCAGCCGCGUCGUCCUUUAGGAGGAAGAGAUCGAUAAUCAGCUCUGACCGCUGGAUACCAGCUGGAAAUCAUCUCAGAACCUCCCGGUCGUACACGCCUCCCGGUCUGUUUCUGACCUGGAAGGUUCUGGCUGAUUCCUUCCUGGUGGAAGAGUGGACCUCUGACCAGACAUGAAAGAGGAAUCAGAACCACAGCAGAUCACUGAGGCGAAGGAGGAACCAGAACCUUAUUCAAUCAAAGAAGAACAGAUUGAACUGUGGAUCUUUGAAAAUGAAGGGCAGCUUUUAAUGAAGCAGGAGAGCAACAACUCUAUGACUCCUGCUGAUGACGAAAUAUUCCACAAUGGACCAGAACUGCAGCAGAUGAUGGAGAACAAAGAACAACUGGACCCUGUACUAAUUAAAGAAGAACAAGAAGAACCAGAAUCCAUACAGAUUAAAGAACAGGAAGAACUGGUACUGGUGCAGAUUAAAGAAGAACCAGAACUUGUACAUAUUAAAGAGGAACCAGAACUCAGUCCGAUUAAAGUGGAACAUGAGGAUCUCUACAGUGAACAGGAUGAAAAGCUGCUUGUAGUGAAGCAGGAACCUGAAACAUGUAUAGUGUCUCCUACCUAUAAGCAACAAGACAACAGUGAACCAGAACCAAACGAGGACCAACUCCUCUUUGCGAACAACCCUGAAGGUUGCCAACAUCAGCAGGAAAGCAACCAGAAAGACUCAGGAUCAGGUGGAGAUAAAGAUCCGCAGCCAGAGAAGAAACUUCAGGACACAGAAAACCACCAGGACAAUGUGGACAAAUCAGAACCAAAUGCUUUUAAAACUAAUUUAAUCUCAUGUAAGGUAUGCGGCAGAAGUUUUGGUAGGUACAGGUACUUGGUAUCUCACAUGAGAAUUCACACAAACAAGAAGCCAUUUUUAUGUCUGACUUGUGGGAAAGGUUUCAUCAGGCAACCUGACCUAAAGGUUCACAUGACACAUCACACAGGUGAGAAACCUUUCCAGUGUCUGACUUGUGGUAAAGCUUUUCCUAGGCAACCUGACCUAACUGUCCACAUUAGAACCCACACAGGUGAGAAGCCUUUCCAGUGUCUGGUUUGUGGUAAAGGUUUUAUCCAAAAAACCACCAUGUUGUGUCACAUGAGGACGCACACAGGUGAGAAACCUUUCCACUGUCUAGACUGUGGUAAAGGUUUUAUCCAGAAAACUACCUUGAGGUAUCACAUGAGAACACACACAGGUGAGAAACCCUUUUCUUGUGAAUUGUGUGAUAAAUCUUUCCGACAGAGAAGUGAUUUGGCUUGUCACAUGAAAACUCACACAGAUGAGAAACCACAUUGUUGUGAAAAGUGUGGUAAGUCUUUUAGAAAGCGCAGCGAUUUAGCCAACCACACAUUAUCUCACACUGGGGAGAUGCCUUUCCCCUGUCUUACUUGUGGAAAAGGUUUUAAACAACAAUAUAAAUUGACUAUGCACAUGAAAGUUCACACGGGAGAUAAACCAUACAAUUGCGAAUUAUGUGAUAAGUCUUUCAGACAACGUAGUGAUUUGACCCGUCAUCUAAAAACUCACAAGCGUGUGAAGUUGUCAUCUUGUACAGUGUGUGGUAAAUUACUAAGUGAGUUCAGUAGUAUGCCUCGACACAUGAAAACUCACACUGGGGAGAAGGCGUAUCUCUGUGAAGUGUGUGAUAAAUCUUUCAUACAGAAAAGUGAUUUGGUUCGUCAUAUGCGAACACACAGGUGAGAAUUCGCUGAUGGAUUAUAAAAUUUCAGACAUGGAUUCUAUUGCUCCCAUUAUAGCUAUGGUGCGUUCACACCAAACGCAUUACGCGCAGCACAAACGCGUCCGACUCUUCAAGACGCGUAAAAUCUGUUUGGUGUGGACGCACCAUUCAGGUGGUGUCUGGUAUGAAGAAACCUCUGGAGAAGUGCUCUACUAGUAAGAAAGAAGUGAGAGAAGCUAUUUGUCCAAUGGGCUGAAGGUAAAUGGCAUGAAACUCAACUCAGUUCAGCUCUUCUUGCUGUUUUUCCCCCCAGGCUUUAAAAACAACAGUUUCUUUGAAUCAAGGCUAAAUACUGACUUUGAGUUGUCUUCAAUUAAGAACAACUGAAAUAUUGAUCAAUGUAUUUGAUGUAUAUUUGCUUUAUUUUGAUGAUGGCAUUUAACAAAAUGUAGUUCAUUGCUUGUUUCAUAAUUGGUGAUGGUGUUUUUAUCAUAUAAAGCACUAUAACCCUUUAUUUGCACUAUUGCUGAAAUUUGCUAUUCAGAAGACAAGAUUAAUUGAAAAUGUAAAGCUGGGGGCCCAAAGUGGGUCCUGGAGGGCCAAAGUGGGUCCUGGAGGGCCAAAGUGGG